GAAGAACUGGGGUAUACGGUAUGUGACUUUCCCGACGCGUUUGUUCACUUUGUCCAUAAUUAUAUGAAAUUCACCAACAUGGGUUGGAAUUCCGAUGAAUUUAGAUCAAUGUAUGAAGAUUUUGAUGCGUGUGUGGCCAGUCCAGUAUAUUAUUUUUGGGAGGAACUGCUGGAGGUGUUUCCAGAAGCGCAGGUUAUAUUGAUGGUGAGAGAUAAUGAUGAAAUUUGGUACAAAAGUAUGAAGAAACAAAUGAUUGCUAACGGUGGACUGCAUCGUUACUAUUAUCCCCUUUUUUCGUCGAUCUGGAGAAAAUUUGCUGCAUAUUUGAAUAAUCCAUGUUCGCUUGCUUUUGGACAUAAAACAACCGGCAUGUUCAAUUUCACCGUGAUUGAUACACCAAUACUGCCUUUCAAGUUAGCAUAUAGAAAACAUAUUGCUCAUGUCAUUCAUAGCUGUCCAAAAGAUCGACUUCUAGUAAGUCGUUGCUAAAGUGAUUGGAAGCCUCUAUGUGAAU